GUACAGUGUCACCUAAAUUCUAAGCGCGAGGAGAGUGGGUUAAGUCGUGCCCCUGGCUCGAUCUCCCCUAACGCGGCCGGCUCAACAGCAAAGCCAUGCUGCGCAGACGUCCCGACCUCGGAAGACCUCGCCAGGGAGUAUUGCGAGUGGCGGAGCAAGACUAGAAAUAUUGCAACUGGGUCAUUAUGUUCAUCUUGGAACGAAUGCGUCAAGUCGAUGACCUGCCACCCCGCUGGCUUCUGGCCCUCUCUUCAAGCAUGAAGCGAAACUGCAAAUUGCACCAAGCGUUGUCCCAUUUUGUCGUGGAUGGCACCAUUCCAAAGUUGUUGUUGGGCUACCAAGACGGUGCUGUCCUCCAGAAUUAUUUUUAAAAAAAAUUCACCACUCUCACUACCACCAAUCCGCUGCUUAUGGACGAGGCACAGUCACAGUCAUUUGCAGCCUUAUAUGGAUUAGAUCUUUUUCAUUAUCAUGACACUGAUGAGCGGAUUCCGGAAGGAGGAUAGAUGAAUGGAUGGUUGAGGGUUUUGACUCGUUGGCUUAUGGACCUAGCUUUUCCGUCCGGAUUUCUUUGUGUUUCGAUUCCCAGUUAUACUUCCGUUAGUGGUCAAGGGCCAUCUCCCACCU